UGUAAUGGGAUAUGGAUUUAGGAGAAUAGCAAUCUGGAGUGUUACCAGUUGGGAUUUAAACAAAGUUUCAAUUACUAGUCCCAGAGCCAGUUUCAUAUAAAUGCAUGCGAUCCCUUUGUCCUUGCCAUUUAACCUACAUCGGUGCGUUUGGAAGCUCGCUAGCUGGUCGGCGCUCCUGAAAGCAAACUUGUCUCGUUUGCUAUUAAUAAAGCUAACUAGGCAAACGAUUAAGCAGACAGCUAGUUAAGAUCACCACCCGUGUAGAACCGCAUUGUAGCGGCCACACUUCUCAGUGUUAGGCUGGUAAUUUCACGCCCAGUACUUCAGUGACUCACUUUAAAAGCCAGCAAGAUUAAGUAGCUGCUGAUGAAGCCAAACGUGUAGAUGCACUACGCCAGCGGUCGUUAAUAGUUUACGCUACAAUUCAGCUGGUAAAUUACCUCAGUGAUGCGCUGCCAGUUCGGAAAUGGUGGAAUCUAUGAAGAAGGUAGCAGGCAUGGAUGUGGAGCUGACUGUAGAGGAGAGGAACCUGCUAUCUGUGGCGUACAAGAACGUGAUUGGAGCCCGAAGGGCAUCCUGGAGGAUCAUCAGCAGCAUCGAGCAGAAGGAGGAGAACAAGGGCGGCGAGGACAAGCUGAAGAUGAUCCGCGAGUACAGGCAAACGGUUGAGACUGAACUGAAGUCAAUCUGUAAUGACAUUCUGGAUGUACUGGACAAGCACCUCAUUCCCGCCGCAAACACGGGCGAGUCGAAGGUUUUCUAUUAUAAAAUGAAAGGUGACUACCACAGGUAUCUGGCGGAGUUCGCUACAGGGAACGACAGGAAGGAAGCGGCAGAAAACAGCUUGGUAGCUUAUAAGGCCGCUAGUGACAUCGCCAUGAUAGAACUCCCGCCCACGCACCCCAUCCGCUUAGGACUCGCUCUCAACUUCUCCGUGUUUUAUUACGAAAUCCUCAAUUCCCCCGACCGUGCGUGCAGGUUGGCGAAGGCAGCCUUCGACGACGCCAUCGCUGAGCUGGACACGUUGAGCGAAGAAAGCUACAAAGACUCAACGCUCAUCAUGCAGUUGUUACGUGACAAUCUGACAUUAUGGACUUCAGACAUGCAGGGAGACGGUGAUGAACAGAACAAAGAAGCUCUGCAAGAUGUGGAGGAUGAGAAUCAGUGAGACACCACAGCCAACAUAAGGACCCCCGCCCCCACU